UUCUGCAUUGCCAUACUAUAAGUCUAAAAACAAUUUUUUUUUUUUUUUAACUCUUAAUUUAGUGUAAAUAGCUUAAAACAACAAAAUAAUAAGGCAGUACCAAAUCCUUCCCGACUUUUAAUGAGCUGGUCUGUCACGUGGUCUGCUGACGUCAGAGACGCUACUGCCAGCCAGAGGAAGUGAGAAGCCAGUUCGUACGCGUGUGCUAGUUUCACUUUAAUUUCCGCGAUUAUUUCUGAAUGGCAAAACGGUGGGAAGAAAACUUUUACCUGGACAUACAGCCGUACCAGUUCGAGCCUUUGGCCCACGAACGAGCUGUUGAGAGCGAAGAUGAAAGUGAUAGCGAGCACGAAACCAACGACGGUAUGGAAAACCGUGUUGGAAACAUAAACUGAGAGCUGUUAUUCUUUGAAGUUACUUUAGAUGUUUUAUCUCGUCUGACACAAUGCCGAAGACGAAGCCAGGAGAUUCUAAGAAAGGUAAAAACAGGAUUUCUUCCCAGGACGUUGAAACACCAGAAAUAAUAAGACAUUUGCCUGCAAGUAUAAAUCUAUUAUUGCAGCAAUCGCUGGGAACACCGGGUACUUCAAACCUGGUCACUGCAAUACCAUGUACCACAAAUCAAAGUAAUGCAAACCUAGUUAUUGCAAACACGGGCAAUGCAAAGGAAGGCAUUAUUGCAAAUAUUAGCAAUGCAAACACUGGCAGUGCAAAGAGAGAUGACCCAGUCACUACAAACCAAGGCACUGGAGACCCAGUCACUGCAAACCAAGGCACUGGAGACCCAGUCACUUCAAACCAAGGUACUGGAGACCCAGUCACUGCAAACCAAGGCACUGGAGACCCAGUCACUGCAAACCAAGGUAUUGGAGACCCAGUCACUGCAAACCAAGGUUUUGGAAACCCAGUCACUGCAAACCAAGGCAUUGGAAAUCCAGUCACUGCAAACAAAGGCAUUGGAAAUCCAGUCACUGUAAACAAAGGCAUUGGAAACCCAGUCACUGCAAUCCAAGGCAUUGGAGACCCAGUCACUGCAAAGCAAGGCAUUGGAAACCCAGUCACUACAGACCAAGGCAUUGGAAACCCAGUCACUACAGACCAAGGCAUUGGAAACCCAGUCACUGCAAAUCAAGGCAUUGGAAACACAGUCACUGCAAACCAAGGCAUUGGAAACACAGUCACUGCAAACCAAGUUAUUGGAAAUCUAGACACAGCAGUUCCAGGGACUUCAACUAUGUCAGGAUUAGCAAAUGCUGUGCCACAGAUAUAUAACAUUACCAACAUUACUGGGUGUUAUAGUGUUACAAUUCAGCCAAAAACUUUUACACGAAAGUGGUCAACUCAGAUGAGAGGUGAAUUGCCCAGUAAGAAAAUCAAACAUAAACGACAAAACCGACAAGACUCGAAACAUCCCAGGAUGUCUUCAACUUCUACACGAAAGCGGUCAACUCGGAUGACAGGUGAAUUGCCCAGUAAGAAAAUCAAUCAUAAACGACAAAACCGUCAAGACACGAAACAUCCCAGGAUGUCUUCAACUUUUACACGAAAUCGGACAACUUGGAUGACAGGUGAAUUGCCCAGUAAAAAAAUCAAAGAUAAACAACCAAACCCUCAAGACUCGAAACAUCCCAGUAUGUCUUCAAAAAUGGGACGUGACAGGCUAACUACCAUGAUACGUACAUCAGAACUCCAACUGAACGAGGUUGACUCCAAUGUUUAUGUUAAGACCAGAGCAUAUGAGAAAGGAAAACAAUUGCUGAAGGAUCUUGGCAUUGUCGUUUUAAUAGGAAAUCCAGGAUCAGGAAAGACAACCCUUGGUCUGACUCUCAUGGCACAUUUUAAAAAUAAAGAGAAAACACAUCCAUUAUGCAUAACACAUUAUUCCAAUUUUGAAGACGUACCUGUGCCAAACAGUUCUGAUAAAGAAGGUUCUGCAGACAAAAUUGUUGUCAUGAUUGAUGAUAUAUUUGGAAAAUCAAAUCUUGUGUCUGAAUUUUAUGAAUCAUGGAAUCUGAAAUCUGGGAUAAUGUGGUCACUUGUUCAGUCUGGCUUGAUUAAAUUUAUAAUUACACUUCGAAGAAAAGUAUUUUCCGAAUGUACUAAGCGUUUAACACAAUGUCCUCUGUUUAAAAACAUGCAUCAAAUUGAUCUGCAUAGCUUCGAGUUUUGUUUAACUGUAGAGGAAAAAAAAAAGAUUCUUGACAACUAUCUGGAACAGAUUGUAGUUAAAAAGGAUCAAGGGUUUUGCGCAAUGACUGAGGAUGAUAAAGCGGAUGCCGUAUCAGAAACAUUUACUGAGUUAGGCUUCCCUCAGUGUUGUAGGCAUUACGUCAGCUCAGAGGAAACACAAAAAAGAGGAGCUUUGUUUUUCAAGAAACCUGUAGAAAUUCUCCAAGAACAGUUAAACUCAAUAAGAACAUCUAAUCGGUACCAGUAUCUGGUUCUCUUGUUACUGCUGUUUAAACAGGGGAUACUGAAGACUGACUGCUUAGACCCAUUUAGAAGGGAUGAAGCUGUUAAUGCCUUAAUUAAACAGCUGAAAGACGUCUGUGGUAUCAACACAGAUAUUACAGGAGGACAAAUAAAGGAGGCUGCUGAUGUGUUGUGUGGACUGUUUCUGUCUUAUAGUGAUCAGAAAAAAGAAUAUUCAUUCAUCCACCAGUCAGUAUUUGACAUACUUUUUCUACAAUUUUCAUCAGAAUUUCUUGUCAAAAGUAUUGAAAUUUGUCCUGUAAGUAUGUUACUUGAAUGCAUUAUCACACCAAACGUUUCAACGAAAGGCGAUAUUACAGUCCUUGUAACAGAAGAUAAUUACGAAGCUCUUGCUGAGCGGUUUACACAAUUGUUGAAGUCGGACUCUGCCGGACAAAUUCUUUGUCACCAGUCAUUUGAAGAUGAAUCAUUUGUAACAUUUUUAGUUGAGAAAUUCUGGAAUUCUUUGGUCCCAACUGACAUUCUGACAAAUGAAGAUGCAUUAAAGAUGGAGAAUUUAAAAAGCAUAACUGUGGGUAACACAGAAGAAACCUUUGUUUCAACAACACCACCGAGUAUAGCAGUCCUUUUUAACCUGACAGUUUUGUCUGACUAUUUUGCAUCCGGCCUUCAGAGAAUCGAGGUGCCCAUAGAUCAGCGUCAAGAGCUUCUGGAUAACUCGUUUCUCAUGGGCAAUAAAAAGAUGGCUCAAAUGUUGCUCAGGUGUGGCACUGUUCCUACAAGGCGAACAUUUACUGCAGCUGCCGCGUCAUAUACGGACGAUGAUGGAUUAUUUGAGACACUUUUGAACAGUAGAUUCAAGUUGGUGCUCAGCGUAGACGAUUUGGGGUCCAUGUUUUUGCUAGCACUUGACAAUGCAAAUGGGAAAAUAUCCAAUCUGUUGAGAGAUAGAAUAAUUGAGAUGGAAGAUAAUUACCACUUCCUUAAACGGGCUGUCAAACUACUGUUGGUUGUGUGUGCGUAUGUUCAAGAUAACGAUGAACUUAUGCGACGUUUCCAACCUGAAGCUGAUACCCUGUUUGAAAUGUUAACCCUGUAUCUACCAUGUAGUGACUAUGACUUUGCAGUUCAACUAGCAGCGAGUUACAAUAGUGCAUUUAUUCUGAAAGAGCUUGCAUUCUUGCAUCCAGAAUGUCUGGAGGACAAUACAGAACUUCUUUGUAUAGCUUCAGAUCAUUUCUCUAUGGAAUCAUUAGCUUUUUUGAUUCAAGGAGGUGAAAACACAGAUAUGCAGGAAGUAUUGAAACACACACUAACAUAUAACUGGCAUUGUGAUGACAUUCGUCCUGAUAACACUUUUUCUGGUCCUGAUAACACUUUUUCUGAAUUGGUUUCGUAUCUGCUGGAUAGAGGGGCUAAUGUCAAUUUACCUGAUGUUGACGGUAACUCAGUGUUACACUGGACAUUUGAUAAAUUGCAAAAUUUAAUUAUCCUUGAUACUGUAAAGGUAUUAAUUGGAAAGGGAGUAAACGUUAACUUGAAAAAUAAUAAAGGAAAUACUCCACUUCACGAGUUAGUACAGAUUGAUGUACUUACAAAUGUUGUGGAAAUUGUAAAAUAUUUAAUAGAAAAUGGAUCUGAUGUAAAUAUUUCGAAUGAAAUGGGGUUAACCCCACUGCAUCUAGCAUCAAUGAAUGAACAAGGUGCCGAAGUUGUGAAAGAAUUGGUUUCAGAAGGUGCCAGUGUGAAUGUAAGAGAUGCACAUGGCAGCACUCCACUUCACAUUGCAGCACACAGUUUUAUAUCCAAAACUGUCGACUAUCUAGUCACAAAAGGAUCAAAUGUAAACACAAAGAAUAACUGUGGUAGGACACCACUCCAUGAACUAUGCAUAUCUUUUAAACGUGAAUGCACAAUAAGCAACUCUGAAAGGAAUAUAACUUAUGAUACAGAUAACAUGACAAUGUUGUAUGACUCUGGUAGAUCAUUAGUAAAAAAGGGAGCAGAUCUAAACAAUACAGACGAUUUCUUAAACACACCACUUCACUAUGCUGCUGAAGGUAAUAUCGUUCAACUUGUGAAAUAUCUAGCUAAAAAGGGCUCAGAUAUAAAUAAACGAAAUUCAGUAGGCAAGACGGCAUUGCACCUGGCAGCAGUCCCAUGGACAGAACAUUGGUACUCUUUCUGUCAUUUGAAAACUGUAAAAGAUGAUUAUCAAAAUUUGAUAAGCUCUCUGGACAGUAAGGGUUAUUAUCUGCUCUCACCAUCUGUUAUUGAUGUUACCACAGAUAGCAAUUCAUUGGACUGCUUAACAUAUCUGGUGGCAACUUCUAAAUCGAAUAUGCCAACUAAAAUUCGCGUAAUGUUACUUUUUGCUGGAAGACAUUUUAAAAAAACAUCCAAUGAUUGGUUGCUAUAUGCAUUGAAGAUUUCACGUGAUGCUAUGGAAGAACUAAUUUCAAGUGGCGCAGAUGUAAACGCAGUUGAUGACUUUGACAAUACUCCACUACACAUUGCUGCAAGGUGUCACUCGGAAAGUGUGUUUUCUCUGAUAGAGAACGGGUCCAAUGUAAACCAUGAAAACAAAGAUGGCAGAACGCCUCUUCAUGAAGCCGUAAGACCCAGUGUCUUUAACUGGAUUUGUCGUCCUGAUAGGUUAGGGAGUAGUGACAAGUCACAAACAGAUAAGUUGGAUAGUAGUGAUAAGUCGCAAACAGAUAAGUUGGACAGUGACAAGUCACAAACAGAUAGGUUGGACAGUAGUCACAAGUCACAAACAUAUAAGUUGGACAAUAGUGACAAGUCACAAACAGAUAGGUUGGACAGUAGUGACAAGUCACAAACAGAUAGAUUAGACAGUAGUGACAAGUUACAAACAGAUAAGUUGGACAGUAGUAACAAGUCACAAACAGAUAAGUUGAACAGUAGUGGCAAGUCACAAACAUAUAAGCUGAACAGUAGUGGCAAGUCACAAACAGAUAAGUUGGACAGUAGUGGCAAGUCACAAACAGUUUUGAUAGUGCAAAGCUUAGUUCUAAAGGGAGCCAACGUAAAUGCAAAGGAUACCUUCCUAAACACCCCACUUCAUAUUGCAGCAGAAAUCAGUUCUGUAGAGUGUGUGGAAUUUCUAAUAGAAAAAGGAGCUGAGGUUAAUGUAACUAACAAAAGUGGAAAGACCCCACUUCAUUCAGCAGUAAUGCCCAUCAUAUUUCUUUACAACAGUCGUGGACAUUGUUUUAAAAAGGAAUGUUUGAAGUUAGUCCAACUACUGCACAAAAAGGGCGCCAAUCUGAAUGCUACUGAUAUAAAUGGUAACACACCACUUCACAUUGCUGCGGAAAAUAAUUCUGUAGAAUGUGUAAAUUAUCUGGUAGAACAAAAAUCAGAUGUCGACUUGCAGAAUGCCAAUGGCAAGACUGGACUUCACUUAGCAUCAGAAAGUGACUACGCUGACGUGAUUUUGGAACUGAUUCAGAGAGGAGCUGACCUCAGUGUGAGGGAUUCACACAGUAACACACCUCUAGAUUUGGCCAUAAAGUCAGGUGCUGUAAAAUCAGCGAGAUUGUUGGUUGAACAUGGAGCCAGUCUAGCUGUAUUAAACGAAUGUGGUGACAAUGUACUUGACAUUCUGAUGCAAACCGAGUCAAAGGAAGAUUCUCCGAGCACAGGAGUUGGUUUUCAUCAGUUAACAGUGUCUAGCAUGUCUGAAGAUAUUAAUGAUGAUGAUGAUGACAUUAUUGGGGACUUACCUACGACUGAAGAUAAUGGUCUUGGUGAUUGUUCAGAUGAUGAUUCGGAUUAUUAUCCUGAACGUCGUAUUGGUAAUGAUUGCUAUGGAGAUCUUGAUAAUGAUCUUAGGCAUAUUUAUUACAAUAGAUUAUUUUCAUCGUGUUUGGAGAAAUAAUUUUGGUAAUCACACGGAUAGAUAUCCACAAAUAAGAUAUGAAUGUUUGCUAUUGGUUCUGAUGCACAAAGCCAGCAGCUCCAGCUCCAGAAAUGCUCUAUCUCUAUGAUAGAACAUAUUAUUACCCAUAUGGUUAAACAUAUAUUGAUACAUAUCAAAGUGAUCGCCCCACUAGAACGCCGACUGGGACGUAACACUUCGACGUCACACGAUGACGUCAUCGAUUGGCGCACUACAAUCUUACAGCAAUGUCAACUAAACGAGUUGAGUGCUAUAAAUUAAGAUCGAUUUUGGAUAAUAAAUAGGAUAUUAAAUUCGCUAUCAUUUCGUAUCAUGUUUAUGUCCCUCCUGAAACAAUUUUAAUUGUCACUCACUGAAGCUCGUACCAAUUGAAAAUGAUUUCACUCAGGACAUAAUACGAAAUGGAAGCUCAUUUAAUAUCCUAUAAUUAUGUACAAUUAUAUACAAUAGAUCAGGGGCCAGUGCACAUGUUGUUAAACAGCAUGGACAAAGUAGCAGUGGGCGCUUAAUACAUUUUACUGUUACUAAUGAAAAAACAUAGUGGGUUUAAUCUGUGGCACUAUAUGUCAAAUUACCAAAUGUUUGGCAUCCAACAGCCGAUGGGUAGUAAACCAAUGUGCCCUAGUGGUGUCACUAAACAAACAAAAAUUUGUAUAGGUAUUUUACAGGUGUGUGCAAAAGACAUUAAAAAGGGAAUAAUAAAUCACUGGAAGUCAAACCAAUUGUAGAUAUCAAAUAUUUGUGAUCGUUUUUGUCUCGUUUUGGCCCAAGCAAUAUAAUUAUUCUGUUGUGAUUGAUUUGUCUCGAUAGACUCCGUUUACCAGUCUGCCCCAAUUGAUGGUCAUGAUUGGUACAUCAAAGGCAGUGGUACGCACUGCCCUAUCUGAUCAAAAGAGAGUAUGCAAGAAUAUUUGUUUUGAAAGGACGGUAGUGGAUCCCCCCCCUCUCUCUCUCUCUCUCUCUCUCUCUCUCUCUCUCUCUCUCUCUCCGUCUCUCUCUCUGUGUGUGUGUAUGAAUGUGAGUGUG